AGUAUCUAAGACUCUGACACUUCCAAAUUCAAACUAUUUUCCACCUACUGCUUCAUAUUUCAUUUACUUUUAGCAAGCUUUUAUUAGGUGAGGACCACAAUAACCUUUAAAUUAGUUUAUGUCAUAAUCUUCCACAUGCCUCUGCUAUUCCAUAUUAAUCACUCAUUAAUUUCGGAUUAUUUGCUUUUCAACACCAUUGUAAUUUCCAAAAUGACCCUGCAAAAAAUUGAAAAGGAAACUUCUCGAGGUCUGACUAUGAACACGGAAUCCAGUUGUUGGGGUGGCAAUUUGUAGCCACCCAUGAAACAGGUGUCUUCCUCUCCAAUCCCCGUCACUCCCCAAAACCCUAAUCCCACCUCCCCCCAUAACUGCUAUAUACACCAUAAAUCUUCAUUACGAAAACUAGCUAGAGCAGAUCUCGCAUGAACACUCUUAAACAAAGAAUACUAAGCCUCAAAGACAUCUACCCAUUUCCUUUUUUUUUCCUAACUACUUGUUAGUGUUUCGUUUUUGAUUAUCAAUAUGGUUAGAUUCUGUUUGCUCUGCUUCAUACUAGCUGAGAUAUUGCUUCUCCAAGCUGUAGCUGAUAAAUCUGUGGGUACAGACACCAGCCAAUCUGGGGACAUGGGCGGGCUUGCAGAUUCCCCUGCACAUUCAUUUCAAGAUGACGCCACAGAGACAGAGGUCGCUCAGGCUCCGGAGAUUAGACGGCUGGGAAAGCAUCAUUCUUGUGAUAAGUCGGUGGCCGGUGGGGGAGUCAUCAUUGGUGGUCUUGUCACUGCCAUUUUUGCUGCUGUUUUUACCUACAUUAGGGUUACCAGAAAAAGGGAUAUACAGCAGAUAUGAAUGUCAAGGAGUGAUAUUUUUCUUCUUUUCGUUUACACAAAAGGGAGAUAUCAAUGAUAUGUCAUAUGGGUAUUUGAGGGAUUUAGUAUUACUGUGAAUAUUAGUUUGAAAUUACAACAUAUUCUUAUUGAAAAUCUUAUUGGCUUUUGUUCUAUCCCUCUUUUCUCAUAUGGGUAUUUGAGAUAUAAUGAUAUGUCGUAUGGGUAUUUGAGAUAUGGAUGACAUAUCAUAUGAGUAUUUGAGAUAUCGAUGAUAUGUCAUAUGGGUAUUUGAGGGAUUUAGUAUUACUGUGAAUAAUAAUUUGAAAUUACAACAUAUUCUUAUUGAAAAUCUUAUUGGUUUUCACUUUCUCCAUAAUAUAUAUACUUGAAGCUUUGUUGUUAUUUAGUUUAUUGUUUUGCUGUAUGUAUCUGUGACCCCGUAUUCAUGGAGCAUUAUUAUAUGACAAACCAACAGAUUCUGGAGAAAAGAGUUUUCUUCACGAUUCUUCCCAAUCUUGCCCUGCAUAUAUAUUCACAAAACUAACUCUUUCUCUUCAUUUAUGAUUUGUUUGAUCAAAUCAAAUAUGGGUUCUUGUCCGUCAAACUGGUGGCAGGCGCCGGUAUACUUCACCGUCUCAGUUGUGUUGGCUUUCUUUGCCAUCUCCACAGCCCUGCAUUCACUUCCCAGAAACUCAAUCACUCAGCAGAUCAAUCACCCACUCUUAUUGAAUGCCUCUAAAGCUCUUAGACGAUCUGGAUUCAACUUCUUUGCCACUUUUCUUGAAAUCUCCCCUCAAAUCUUCCUUUCUUCUCCAAACAUUACCAUUUUCGCCAUUCAAGAUUCCGUCAUCUUCAACACCUCUCUUCCCCCUCCUUUCUUGAAACUUCUCCUCCAAUACCACACCUCCACUCUUACCCUUCCCUUCAACGAUCUCCUCAAUAAACCUCAUCUUCGUUGUUUUCCUACCCUUCAUGGUCACAAGAAUCUUGCAGUCACCAAGGUUGAUACCAAACAGAGGCUUGUGGAGAUCAACCAUGUUCUUGUUUCACACCCUGAUAUAUUUCUUGAACCAUUCUUUUCCAUUCAUGGUGUUGAUGCCCCAUUUUCCUCACUUGAUCCUCAAGAUUUCCAUCUGGGUUGGGAUUAUAUACAACCUCCCACAUGUGUUUCAAAUUUUAGUUUGGUUCAAUCCAACAACACCACUAGUGUUGAAUGGAGGCGGAUUAUUCAAGUUCUGAGCUCCAAAGGAUUUGUUUCCUUUGCAAUCGGAUUGCAUUCCGGGAAUCUUGAAUUGGAAAGGCUCAAAUUGAAGACCGCCACAGUCUUUGCUCCCCCAGAUUUUGCCUUUAUUGCAUCUUCGUCUCCGUUGCUUCACAAGAUUGUGAGACUCCAUAUACUGCCUCGGAGGUUUACAUACAAGGAACUUGCUUCACUGCCGGACAAAGCAUUGCUAAACACACUGGUUACUGAUCAUCAUCUUGAGAUAAAGGGAGGUGUCAAAUUUAGGCAAGGAUUAAGCAUUAAUGGGAUCGAAAUUCUGAAUCCUGAUGUAGCCUCCUCCACAAACUUCGUAAUUCAUGGUAUUUCCCGAUCGUUGGAGAUGACCGAGCUUCCAAAUGCCUCAAUAUGAAAUGGAUUUGGAGCUUGCUUCUUAAUUCAAUAUUACUUGUAUUGUUUCCUCAACUCAUUUCAGCUAAUACUUUUACUAUUUUUUUUUUUUCUCAAAAUGAAAAAUCUUCUACUAUUUUCAUUGGAUUGGUUGUUUGGAUAUGUAUGCGAGAAGUCCUCCCACAUCCAAUUUCAUAUAUAAGCUGAAAAUUAUGAAAGAGCCUUAGGCUCAAUGGUAACUCCUCCCCACCAAGUAUGGUCGGUUGGGAUCAAUUCCCUUUAUUAACGAAAUUUGAUCUUGUCGAA